AUGGCGUCGCAGAGGGGCCCUCCCGGCCUGGAUCCGGCCAUGAGCGGCGUGGAGGUGAGCCGGCUGAUCUUCAACAUCUUGGGAGCCAAGUACAUCACCAUAGAUGGCCUUGCACUGGUGUGCGCAAAGGCUGGAGGGGUCCCUGAUCCAGAGCUCGUUCACUACAACCCCAAGAAUUUCUACUUCGGCAAGAUGGCCUUCCCGUUCCGGGUCUAUGUCCCUCCUCUGUUUGGAUUUCAGACCAAGAAAGAAACUGUAACUACUGACAAAUGA